AAAGAGAAUGCAGCAUCCCCUUACUACAAUCACACUUAACCGUCAAUCCCAGAAACGACAAAUAUAGAGUUGGAGAUUUGUUGAAAUUUUCUUGCCAACAAGGACACAGAGUAGGACCAGAUUCAGUGCAGUGCUACCACUUUGGAUGGUCUCCUAGUUUUCCAACCUGUAAAGGUCAAGUAGAAUCAUGUGAUCAACCUCCUGAACUUCUCCAUUGAGAAGUUAAGGGAACAAAGAAAGACGAAUACAGCCAUGGUGAAGUGGUGGAAUAUGAUUGCAAGCCUAGAUUUCUCCUGAAGGGACCCAAUAAGAUCCAGUGUGUUGAUGGGAAGUGGACAACCUUGCCGAUGUGUGUCGAGGAGGAGAGAACAUGUGGAGACAUUCCUAAACUUGAGCAUGGCUCUGUCCACCUUUUUGUCCCUCCUUACCAUCAUGGAGAGUCAGUGGAGUUCAGCUGCACAGAAAACUCCACAAUGAUUGGACAUGGGUCAGUUUCAUGCAUUAGUGGAAGGUGGACCCAGCUUCCUCAGUGUGUUGAAACAGAUCAACUGGAGAAGUGUAAAGCACCAAUGUUAACUGGUGUGGACAGAAUUCAACCCAAUAAGAAAGAAUUUAAUCAUAAUGUUAGCAUGGAUUACAAAUGUAGAGGAAAGAAGGUGUAUAAACACUCAACCUGCAUCAAUGGAAGGUGGGAUCCUGAGCCAACCUGUAGAGAGGAAGAAUCCUGCCCUCCUCCACCACAGAUUCCAAAUGCCCAAGUAAUGGAAACCACAGUGAAAUACCAGGAUGGAGAAAAAGUAUCUGUUCUUUGUCAAAACAAUUACAUAAUACAGGACACAGAAGCAAUGCUGUGCAGAGAUGGAAGGUGGCAGUCAUUACCACGCUGCAUUGUGAAAAUUCCAUGUUCCCAGCCCCCUGAGAUAGACCACGGAUCUAUUAAGUUACCCAGAUCAUCAGAAGAAAGGACAGACAGAGUGGAGUCCAGAAUUCAUGAACACGGCACUACAUUCAGCUAUGUUUGUGAUGAUGGCUUUAGGAUGGCUGAGGAACACGGGGUAACCUGUGACAUGGGAAAGUGGAGUGCUCCCCCUCACUGUGUCGGACUUCCUUGUGGACCUCCACCUGCAAUCCAUCAUGGGAUUGUGUCUCAUGAGCUGGACAGUUACCAACAUGGAGAAGAGCUGGCAUACAGUUGUGCUGAAGGCUUUGGAAUUAAUGGAUCAGCAUUGAUUAAAUGUGUAGGAGGAAAGUGGUCCCAGCCACCCGCCUGCAUAAUAACAGAUUGUGACAAUUUACCCAGGUUUGAAAAUGCCAUACCCAAAGAAGAAGAAAAAUAUUCAUAUAGGUCAGGUGAACAAGUGACAUUCACGUGUGCACCUUCUUAUCAUAUGAAUGGGUCCAACACUGUGACGUGUGUUAACCGCAAGUGGAUUGGAGAGGUGGUAUGCAAAGACAAUUCUUGUGUGGAUCCACCACUUGUGAAAAAUGCUACUAUACAAACAAGGCCCAUGGAUAAAUAUCCACACAAAGCAAGAGUACGAUAUGAAUGUCAUAAAUCUUUUGAACUCUUUGGGGAAGUAGAAGUGAUGUGUCAAAAUGGGGUUUGGACAGAGCCACCAAAAUGCAGAG